CUUCACCUUACAGGACCCCGAACACCCUGUUCCUAUCCCCGUGGACUGCACAGGUAUCGUAGACCAAGUAGUAUCCAUCGUAUCCGAGCGACAAAAGGCCGAACUAAGUCGGAUACACGACACACUGGCCAGCAUGAACACCUUUAUGGCAAGAUUAACCACCUUACAGACCCUAUUGUCCCAGAGGGGACCCGGUCUAAUCUUAAUCCUAGCCCCAAUGUUCCAGAUGGAACUCUGGCUAGCAAAUCCAGUACCCAACAGGAGGAAGAAAGAAUAUCUAUCACUGGUUCAAACCUCUGGUUUAGAUCCACGCGCUCAGAAUCGCCUUCUUCCAAAGAUGAAGCACCAGAGCAUUCUAAAAAGAGUACCAAAGAGCCAGCCCAAGAGUACUGGCAACAGUCCACUGAUGACUAUGAAGAGGACAGCAAGGCCUCGGGACCAGAAGUCACGUCAUCAGUGGCAUGUGCCGCCAAAGUGUUUUGGCAAAAAAGGCUCAAGGGCGAUGUUCUCAAGCGGAAGUUAGAAACGGCAGCAAUUCCAUCGAACUGCAACUUUCUACUCCCAAAGAGAACAAACACUGAAAUUUGGAAAACACUUUCAAAUUUUCACAGGUCCACUGACGUUAAGAUGCAGGACAUCCAAAACAUGCACUCAGCGUCGGUUGCUAUGCUUCUGAAAGCUUCAUCUACAUUGGUGGAGAAAUCCGGUGAUGCCAACGCAGACACAAAGGGUCCGUUAAACGACCUUAAGGACGCCAUGACCCUCGCUGGUAAGACCUCCCAGCUGCUAAAUCAGGUCAGGCGAGACUUAAUUAAGCCUUCCUUGCCAAAAGAGUACGUAGCCUUAGCUACGGAAGUGGAAGAGGAUUCCGAAUGGCUGUUUGGUUCCUCCGUCUGCGAAAGGCUUGAGAAGCUGAAAAAGGAGAACCAGCUCAAAUCACUCCUGGAAAGAGGCCAAAAAAGAAGAUUCGAGCCUUCAUCAAACAAAGGGCCCUCUUACAUGCCCCAAAAUAGGGCCAACUACCACAAUGGGCAAUCCCAAUCAAAGAAACCGUACCGCAGCCACAACAGCAACUUUUCCAAGCACACCAACAGGAAAAAUUAAUCCCUGAGGUA